CCUCCCCUCCCCCCCCCCCCCGCAGGCUUGCCAUGUUUUCUUGGGGGUUGAGCUGUUUGUCCAUGUUGGGGGCUGCGGGCACCGCUCUCCUGUGUGCCGGUCUGCUGCUCGGACUGGCCCAACACCUCUGGACCCUCCGCUGGACUCUGAGCCGGGAUCGGGCCUCUGCCUUGCCCCUACCCAAGGGCUCCAUGGGCUGGCCAUUCUUGGGUGAAACGCUGCACUGGUUGGUUCAGGGCUCUCGUUUCCACAGUUCACGCCGCGAGCGCUACGGAACAGUAUUUAAGACGCACCUUCUCGGCAAGCCCGUGAUCCGCGUGAGCGGCGCAGAGAACGUGCGCACCAUCUUGCUGGGAGAGCACCGCCUGGUGCGUAGCCAGUGGCCGCAGAGUGCGCACAUCCUGCUAGGUUCACAUACACUCCUCGGCGCGGUUGGCGAGCCCCAUCGGCAGCGGCGUAAGGUCCUGGCGCGCGUGUUCAGUCGCCCGGCUCUGGAGCAAUUCGUGCCGCGACUGCAGGGGGCACUGCGGCGAGAGGUGCGCUCCUGGUGCGCGGCCCGAGGACCAGUAGCUGUCUACGGGGCUGCCAAAGCGCUCACCUUUCGCAUGGCCGCGCGCAUUCUCCUGGGUCUGCAGCUGGACGAAGCGCGAUGCACCGAGCUAGCCCAAACCUUUGAGCAGCUGGUGGAGAACCUCUUCUCGCUGCCCUUGGAUGUGCCCUUCAGCGGCCUGCGCAAGGGCAUCCGGGCCAGGGACCAGUUGUAUCAGCACCUGGAUGAGGCCAUUGCUGAGAAGCUUCAUGAGGAACAGGCAGCAGAGCCAGGUGAUGCCCUGCACCUGAUCAUUAACAGCUCUAGGGAGUUGGGCCAUGAGCUCUCUGUGCAAGAGUUGAAGGAGUCGGCUGUGGAGCUCCUCUUCGCGGCCUUCUUCACCACGGCCAGCGCCAGCACGUCGCUCAUCCUGCUGCUUCUGCAGCACCCGGCAGCCAUCGCCAAGAUCCAGCAGGAGCUGUCAGCGCAGGGACUGGGGCACGCGUGUAGCUGCGCACCCCUGGCCACAGGGCCCAGACCGGACUGCAGCUGUGAGCCCGACCUUAGCCUGGCGGCGCUGGGUCGUCUGCGCUAUGUCGACUGUGUAGUCAAGGAGGUCCUUCGCCUCCUACCGCCGGUGUCCGGGGGCUACCGCACAGCGCUGCGGACCUUUGAGCUGGACGGCUACCAGAUCCCCAAAGGCUGGAGCGUGAUGUAUAGCAUCCGAGACACGCACGAGACAGCUGCUGUGUACCGUAGCCCGCCCGAGGGCUUCGAUCCCGAGCGCUUUGGCGUGGAGAGUGAGGACGCGCGGGGCUCCUGCGGUCGCUUCCAUUACAUCCCGUUCGGCGGCGGCGCGCGCAGCUGCCUGGGCCAGGAGCUAGCGCAGGCGGUGCUGCAGCUGCUCGCCGUGGAACUGGUGCGCACCGCGCGCUGGGAGCUGGCUACACCUGCCUUCCCGGUCAUGCAGACGGUGCCCAUCGUGCAUCCAGUGGACGGGCUGCGACUCUUUUUUCACCCUCUCGCGACUUUGGGUGCGGGGGAUGGGUUACACCUCUGACUCGCUGCUCCUCUAGCCUUGACUUGCCCCGUGGCUGCCUCGCACACCCGGCCCUCCCAUCUUCAGCGCCCUAGGUCCUCAUGGCGCACUUUCACGGAGUCGUGGGUUUAACAAAUGCUCAUGGGACGAUUCUGCGCUAGACUGGAAGGAGUAAUAGACUGAGCCACCGCUCCUGCAGUGGAGGAGCUCCGGGCUUGGGGGAAGGAGCGCGCUGGAGAGCAGGAGGCGCGCUCCACUUCCUAGGCAUUUCCCAAGAUCUCAACAAGCCAGAGGUGGAGAGAACCUAUCUCCACUUCACUUUCCUGUAGCAGGU